AUCUACUUUUCGGUGAUGAAUUUUAUUAGUUAUGUUACAUCAAAGCGCGAAGUGAACGACACUAAAAAAUGGGAAUGAUUAACAUUUGAAUUUACAAAGAUGCAUAUGAAAUAAGUUUAUUUUCUUUUCAAAUAUCAUGGAUUCAAGUUUUUCUCGGGUACCUUCAACGGGUUUUAAUCUUAAUGCGCAACACACUCCAACAAGAAGUACUGGAAUUCUAAGUCAAAGUGGCGCAAUGCGAUACGGUUCUCCCGGCCAUGGUUCAAAUAUGAGCACUUUUUUACCUGGAUAUCUAUUAGGAGGACAGUCACCAUCGUACAUGGAUACAUCGUAUGGUCAAAUUACUCGUAGCAAGAGUCCUGGAAAAAUGAAGUCAUGGUCACCAUCAAGGUCUGGUGGCCAUAACUAUAGUGUUAUGGCAAGAACAAAUGCAAGUAGGGAGAGAAGAGAUGCAACUCAACUUGCUCAUAACUUAAAGGAAAAUCAUACUCCUAAGAGUAUGUUACGAGGAAAAGCUCCUCCUGUGGCUGAUUUGUUUACAGAAACUACUAGUCCAACACGAAAUAAGACUUCAUAUAUGAGAGAUGGGCAAAAUAAUGAUGUUCACAUGACAACGCUAACAUCAAAUGCUUAUUCACCCAAUUUAAUGAUGCAACAUAGUGGAGCUACAGAUAUUAGAGAACAUUUGAUGGGUCCAUCAAAAAAAGUUUUGUCUUCUCCUGCUCAAAUUGAUCCAUUCUAUUCACAAGGAGACAAUAUAAGUACAAAUAAAGUCUUAGAUGAGUGUUGUAUCACUGCUUUUGGGUUUCCUCCCUCUGCUAGCUCAUAUCUUUUGCAACAGUUUUCACAAUAUGGAAGCAUUGUUAAACAUGAAGUUUCUUCAAAUGGCAAUUGGAUGAAUAUAAAAUAUCAGUCUAAGCUACAAGCAAAAAAGGCUUUGAGCAAAAAUGGAAAAAUAUUUGGUAGUAAUAUGAUGAUAGGUGUUAAGCAGUGCAUUAAUAAGGAGUUCAUGUUUGAUUUGGGGAAAGAAAAUUUACCCACACCAAGUACAAUCUCUCAAUCAUAUUCCUCUAACAUGCCUGUGUCAUCACCUUCAAGAAAAACUCCCAUACGUCCUUUGACUGCUGCAUAUCAGGCAGUUAGUAGUGAUCUUGAGGUUACAGGAACUGCCUCAAACACUCCACAAAAAAAUAACAAUUUAGUUUCCAAGGCUAUGGAAUAUGUUUUUGGCUGGUGAAUUUGCGAAGAGAUAUAUCCAAAGACCAAGAAAUGAAAAAGAAACGUGAAGAUUCAUUAUAGCUACAAUAAAUAAUGUUAUGACAAAUGACUUCCUUGGCUCCAAAUGUGGACACUGUUUUUUUUUCCAAAACAAAACGAAAUCGGAGGGAAAACCGGUGGUUCAAAAAAAGCUACAAUAAAAGAAAAGACCAAAAAUUUAGAAAAUUUCCUCAAAUUUUUGUAGUUUUAAGAUGUUUCGUAUUUUUGUUGUUUUCAAUGAUUACGAUGAUCUACUUUCCGUUGAAGUGACAAACGAAUUUAAACGUUUCUUUCAUUGAAGUCAUGACUAAAAAUUUUAUUGUAAUUGGCUCCCUAGGAGCUUCUCACCUUUCACAAAGACAAUAAGUAAUCCUUCAAUGCGUUUGAAUAAAAAAAAAUUCAUUAGAA